ACAAAAUGAUGAAGCAGCAAAGACAGAAAGAGCAAAGACAGAAAGCUGAGCAUUCCAAAGCUGCCACUGUAGAUGACCCAGAUGUAAAAGUGGACUUCAAGUCUAUCCUGAAAGACAUCCAAUUUUUAGGUUCCCCACACAUGACAUGGAAGGAGAAAAAGGAUUUGGAAAACAAAAAAGUUGCUUCUCUUGGGGGAAAGCAUCCAAAGAAGCAGAGACUUCCACUUAGUGUGGCUCGGGUGAUGAUGAAGAAACAGAAAGAGAGGGAGCAAAAAGAAUUAGAAGAGAGUUUAGUUCUUAGGCGAUUUGGGAUAAAUAACGGAUGCAGCUCUAGAAGAGAAACUCAAAGGCGCAACCCUGAGGACAGGGUACUAAAAUCAAGUGAAGGUCGGUUCAGGAAUGGCGUGCUCGAUGUAAAAGGUCUGUUCAAACCAUCUACGUCGACAGCUGUCCCUGAUGAGAAAAAGUUUGCUCCUUACAAAGGUAUGAAGAAAAAAGGGGGCAAUAAGAACAAGGGC